AUGGUGAAGUGUGAACACUUUCAGAGUACAAAGAGCAUGAGCAUGUCGACUGGAGGAGUAGUGCCGGCUCCGCUCUGCCAGGGCUUUCUGAAGAAACGGAAAGAUAAAAUGAGGCUUCGGUGGGUGACUUACUGGUUCAGGCUUUACAAUACAACUCUCUUUUUCUACACUAAAAAACACGGGAGUGCUUUAGACCUCAGGGGCCAGUAUUACAUAUAUGAGGUUCAGUCUGUGCGGGAGGUCGGCAGAUCGGAGAACAAUCGCUAUCUGUUUGAGAUCACAAUGAAAAAUGGGAAGAAGAAAAUGCUGGCUGCAGAUACAGCUGAUGUCAGGCAGGAGUGGAUGGAGCAGCUGUGGAAAGCCAUGCUGCUGAAUGGCCCAGACAGAUCUGGAUCUCUCACCGAUGGGGAGCUGGUGCCAGAUAACAACCCUGAAAUUCGGUCUAGCCGGUGUGAAGAAUCAAAUAAUGAGACCAGCAGCACUUCAGUGGACAGCCUUGAUCAAGAGUCAUUCCAGUCCUUCGCUGUUGCUGAUGAGACACAAGACAGUUUGCACACAGGCAAUGAAAUGGAGCAAAGUACUGAGGAGUUUUUACUGACAGACUGUGACUACGAUGUUUUACCAUCUCUAAAACUUGCUGAAGAAGCCAUCUAUGACACUCCCCCUUCCAAAUGGUCAACCAAUGUGGGAGAACAUGAAGUGACUGAUAGCAUCUAUGAUUUCCCAAACCCUGUGAUUAGGAAAUUGACUGAACAUACAAUUGAAUCUCACAGCAGUAGUGAGAGGCCUGAGAGUGGUGGUCUUCUGGGUGACAUGAUAGCCUGUUUGGACAGUGAAUCUGCUGCCUGGGUGAAACCUGCUCCUCCGUGAACCUCAUGGGUCAAUUUGAGCAAGACUGCGAUGAUGAUGAAUGUUUGUUGUUGCAGUAAACCUUAAUUUUGUUUAUAAUAAAUUAGUUUUCCAUCCAAACUGUCAUCACCUAUGUAGAACAAUGACUGUUCAUUGUGGAAUUUCAAACUGUCCCUAAUCAUCUAAGCUAAACAGGGAAGU